ACCAUGUCGUUCUCUGAAGCUGAGGUGCAAAGUGCCCGCGGUGCCUGGGAGAAGAUGUAUGUGGAUGCUGAGGACAAUGGGGCAACUGUGCUGGUCAGGAUGUUUACCGAGCACCCAGACACCAAGUCCUACUUCUCACACUUCAAAGGCAUGGACUCUGCUGAAGAGAUGAAACAGUCGGAUCAGGUCAGGGGCCACGGCAAGAGGGUUUUCACUGCCAUCAACGACAUGGUGCAACACCUGGACAACUCCGAGGCUUUUCUUGGGAUAGUGAACCCACUUGGCAAGAAACAUGCCACCCAGCUGAAGGUUGACCCCAAAAACUUUAGGAUUAUCUGUGACAUUAUCUUGCAACUGAUGGAAGAGAAAUUUGGCGGAGACUGCAAAGCUUCCUUUGAGAAGGUGACUAAUGAAAUCUGCACUCACCUGAACAAUGUCUACAAAGAGGCGGGUUGGUGAGGAUGUGCAACCUCCAGGCUCUUCAAACAUCUCGCCAGCACUGAUUUGCUGCUUUCGGGCCCCCAGCCACAGUGGAAAGAAUAAAAUAAAAAAAAAAAAAAAGGCAAGAAAAAGGCUUAUAUACUAUAGAUAUUAAUGCAAUGAUUUCCUUAGCAAACUGAGUUUCUACAGUUAAAUGAAACCUGCAGAUACAUCAAAGCCAACCAACAAAUCCUGAUGUGCUUUGCAGCUUUGGUGCUCCAGGCGGGUUCCUCUGGCCACAGUUCUUUAAGACUAUAUUUUAAG